GGCUAGUUAGCCUAGGUGAACUCUACCUUUAUUAUGCCCUGUUCCUAUCGAACCACGAGCGAUUGAUUGCAACCUUCUUCACAAGCACAUCGCUAGACAGGAUAGCCAACUUCUAUAGCUUGUAUACAAGAUGUCGAAGAAAUGGUGGACGGGAUGCCAGACCACAACAGGGCGUGGCAUCUUCAGUCAAUACAAUCCCGAUUCUAUAAAGGAAUGGGUUGAGCGCGAGCAAAAAAUUCCUCGAAAGAUGCCUAGCCCCGACUUGACGUUGGGGCAACUGCGGUCACUGCAGAAGGCACCCAUAAACCCUGAAGGGUUCAUUACAGCCCUCCCGGAGCCUCAGGACCCGACAGCCCGCUUGCAGCAGCCGCUCAAACUACCAACGCUGCCGCAGUAUGCCCACCACCACCACUUUGGCUGGUUGCCACCUUCCCCGGAGCGCCGGAUCGGCGGCAGCUUUACGGACGUAACGGCCAGCCAAUCCGGCCAUUCAUACGCAUACGGCAUCGCAAACGACCACAACCAGCGAAUCCAUAACACGCAUAUGGCCAUCUCGACGCGUAAGCCGUGACGCAGCACUGUUGCAUGCAUUGACGAUUGGGUUAGGCAAGCAGGGUAGUUCGUAGGUGGCGUAGGAUGUCCUUAGCGUGCAAAUCGUAGACUUGAUAGCGUUGUGCUGCUGUGUUUGUACUUCUAGAUAUUCUCGUGCACGGUAUGGAAUUAAAACGUUUUUGCUGUAUGGUGCAAUGCACUGGUAAGGUUUUCAACGUACGCAUAGGAUGCCUGUAUGCGGGAGGUUCGGGGGCUUCGGGAUUCCAUAGCGUGUUUGCCAGGACUCGUGUGGCUCACUUUGCCGCGAAGGAAAGGAGUGGCGGUGAAGGAGUGACGGUCUUGCAUUAGGUCCAAGUAACGAAAGAGGGGUUGCACAAGCUAGGAAUACAUGCACGUGGCUGUACGGGGUGAGGGCGCCGUUGCCACAUAUAUUUGCAGCGUUCGUUGGAAUGUGAGCUGUGCUGUGUUCAUGCAAGACGUCUGACGGGAUAUGUGAGACCCCUUAGCAGUGAUGUUUACUAGUGUAGGCUUCAAUGCCUGUGGCAUUCAAACUGAUCAGCACUUUAGUUCCAUGCAUCCCUCUGGUGUGACCCUCUGGUGUGACUAGGGGAUGGACCCAGAACCUGCACGCUUGUGCGCCCAGACGUCUCAGCGGGGGAGCUUGGUUUGCAUUCCCCGGGUUUGGUGUCGGCGCCUGCUGCGAUUGCGAGUGUGAAGUCCUUUUCAGGCUGCUGAGCGCUGUGUGAAAAUGCGAGGGGUCAUGCUGGUUAGUACUGUCUCGUGGUGGAGGCUAAGAACAUGCUGACUUUGAAUGCUAGGUAGGAGCUGCAGGUUUUGCAUCUGCGUGCUGACAAGAGCCAGGACUUCGGAAUAUUCAGCGCUGUUCAUCCGAUGGAUGUUUGCUGGUAGUUCUCCAUUCGUAUUGGACCAGGGGUCCUGUCCUCCUAACUGAGUUGGGACUAGUGUAGGAUCUUGUCAAUGGUUGGAGAGCAGUAAACUCUCCGCUGGGGUUCCUCAGUACCGUGUGUUACAAG